AUGGCCGAAGCUCUUGGCCUGGCGGCAAGCGUCAUUGCAGUAGUGGAUAUUGCCGCGAAGACUGGGAGCGCCUACUUCAGGCUUCAAAGGCUGUGGGGCGAGAUGGAAAAUGUUCCGGCCAUGCUUCUGGAAAAGACCGAAGAUAUCCAGAUCUUUGAAGAUUUCCUCGCAAGUAUGGAAGAAAGUCUUAAAAAUAGUACACUUCCUCCACUGGCAUCAAAUCGGGUUCGGUUCGAGAAACUUAUCGGCAGGUGUCACUGCACCUUGGACGAACUGAAGGUCAUGGUCGAUCAGAUUGACAAGAGAGUCACGACUCAUGGAGGUCCAAAGCACAAGAUAGCGUGUGCAAAGGUCACCUUGAAGAGGAAUGAGAUUGAUGCUCUUACUCUAAAGUUCGACCGGGCUCUCAGGAUGUUUGAAGUAGCGCAAGCCCAGGAGUGUCGAGGGCUCGCAAUCGCAACAUACACAGUGAUAGCUCAGAGCACCUCAAACAAACUACCGAGUUCCUCAGAGACGAGUGCGGCGAUCGAACGAUCCGGGCACAAGAGGCGGGACGUGCAGCGCGACGAAGCCAUAUCAACGAAGCAACCAGUUUUCAGCGAGAUAUGUUCUUCAGCUUCAGAAUUCGACCUAUUUGGCAAGAUCCGUUUUGGACCCGAAAAGUCCGGCGGCUUCUAUGCCUUCGUGGCAACCCCAAGCUGGCUUAGUAGAUCCAGUAGAUCCGUAUACUCGGUCUUGGUUCAAAGAGCAACCAUGGGUUGGCAAGUCAAUUUGAGAACCUACGAAGUUGCCUAUUUCGAUAACACGUUGCUUGACGUUCUAUCGUACGAUGAACCUGACAGACUUUAUAAAUAUCUGCACGACCAUCGAUUGAACAUCUUCGUCCGAGAAACCUGUGGUCACAGCAUACUACUCUUUGCGAUGUACGGUUUAUACUUCAACAUCAUAGAGGCCUUGAUCAAUCAGGGCUUAGACGUAGACUCCGGCCCCAUAUGGUAUCUCACCUAG